UCCUGCCUGUAUUUCCCUGGCUGACGUCAGCUGACUGCCUUGGCUCCCCGCUCCUCCGCUCCUCCGGACACAGCGCCGCGUAAAAAUGCUGCUCUCGGUGCCGCCAAGGACAGGAAUCAACCCAUACAACGGCUACACCGGCAAAAACAGCAAAAGGCAGGCGUAUGUGUCCCCCUCCAACCAUCAGAUGGCUCCUCCAAGCCCCAACAACAACAGCAAUAGUAGCACUACCACCUCCUCCAUCAGCAAUGGCAGCAGCAGCAGUGGGGGAGAGCAGCUGAGCAAAACCAACCUGUACAUCCGUGGCCUCCACCCAGGGACCACAGACCAGGAUCUGGUCAAACUCUGUCAGCCGUAUGGGAAAAUCGUAUCCACCAAGGCCAUCCUGGACAAGACUACCAACAAGUGCAAAGGCUACGGCUUUGUUGACUUUGACAGUCCAGCCUCAGCUCAGAAGGCAGUGACAGCGCUGAAGGCGGGUGGAGUGCAGGCUCAAAUGGCCAAGCAACAGGAGCAGGACCCCACCAACUUAUACAUCUCCAACCUGCCAAUGUCCAUGGACGAGCAGGAGCUGGAGAGCAUGCUGAAGCCUUUCAGCCAGGCCAUUUCCACUCGCAUCCUCCGUGACGCCAAUGGAACCAGCCGAGGAGUAGGCUUUGCCAGGAUGGAGUCAACAGAGAAAUGUGAAGCCAUCAUUCAACAUUUCAAUGGAAAAUAUAUCAAGACUCCUCCUGGAGUUCCAGUGCCGUCAGAGCCCUUGUUGUGUAAAUUUGCUGAUGGAGGCCAGAAAAAGCGUCAGAGCCAAGGAAAAUAUCUGCAGAACGGCCGACCCUGGAUGAGGGAUGGAGAGACUGGAGGAAUGACCCUUACUUAUGACCCCACCACAGCCUUACAGAACGGGUUCUACUCCUCUCCCUACAACAUUGCCCCCAACCGGAUGAUUGGGCCGACCUCCCUCUCUCCAUACAUGCAUUCACCUGUGUCCACCUACCAGGUACACAACCCAUCUUGGUUACAUCAUCAGUCAUACAUCAUGCCGCCCACAGGAGCAGUCCUGACGCCAGGGAUGGACCACACCAUGUCCAUCCAGCCGACCUCGAUGAUUGGGCCCCUGACACAGCAGCUCAGCCACCUCUCCAUGGGCAACAGUGGGACAUAUAUGCCUGCAAACACAUCUAUGCAGGGGACUUACAUCCCCCAGUACACCCAAGUGCCUGCUACCAACAUAUCAGUUGAGGAAAGUGCCGUCCAACAAUCGGUUGCCAUAGAGACACCCACAGAACACACAACCUACUCCUACCAGCAUAACAAGUGAAGAGAUAUUCCUCUGGAGCCAGAGUGACUCUAAAGGGGUCCAGUGCGCUGAAACUCGGCACGGCGACUCUGCACGUAAGGCACCAGACACUCGGGAGAACCACGGACUGUUACACAGACAGGACAAAAAAAAAAGAUAUUUUCUACAGACUCAUAUUUUAAAACAAACUCUUUUACUCCAAGCGAGGCCAGAGGACGGCAGGCAAUGGGAUAUGGAAGAACAGAACAAGGAGCAUCUAUUUUGAUAACCGUCAAGAAAACAAAAGUCAUACACACACUACACACGUAUGAAAGGUUUUUUGAACGUCUUUCAUUUUCUUUUCUAACACUACUCCAUGGAGCUAGAAUGAAACCAGGAAAAGAAUAUUUCAACACCAUGUUUUAUUUUGAGUCAUGUUUUGUUUUGACUUUUUGUACAAUAUGCUGAUUUCACUUCACUUUUAUGUCUGAUACUUUCAGGCUUUGAAACCUGCCUUUUUUUGUACAUACUUCUUUGUUUUGGAGUGUUUAUAGCUUCAUGUGUCCCAGUUUGAUUGAUAUGGUGCAACUAGUUGAAUACAGAUGGCUCAAAACAAACCAAACUGAAGUCACUCAAUAAGCUGGUGACUCAUAUUUUAGACAGAUAUGGUGCUGAUAUAGAUUAGCCUCUCUCAAAGUGGUAGCGAGUUUAUCACGUAUACAAGCUGUCCAAGACCUGAAGUGGUAUCGCAUGUUUAUGGCACUUGACUCAAAUAAUUUAUAGUUCCAACAAUCUUAACAAAGCUUCAGACAAUCAGAUUGCAAAAAAGACGAAAAUUUAGAGAUGCUGGUCAUUAAUGACUGAUUUCAUAGAAAAGAAGAGCUAAUAGAUUUAAAUCAUUCCAGAGAUUAUUAUCAGAAAGUUCUAAAUAUUGGUUCACUUUGCUCCACUUGAUGAAGUCCAAAGUCGCGUAAUAGGGAUCACAUGUCACACGGAGCUGCCUGUAAAUAAGAGAUUUAAAUUUAUUUAGGCCGUCUUUUGAUUUCCUUUUAUCAGUGUAGUAAUGCUUCAGUUAUUUCAAUAACAACAUGAUACCAAAUUGUACAUAGCAAUUUAUGUAUUGCUGUGUUUUCGGUUUUUUCCUCAUGUCCCUUCUAUAAAAGGGGAAUCUGAAUCUUCACAAAGUCCCCAAAAAUGAAUUUUCUGGAGCAAGAAUUAGUUGCUGUUAUUAGAAUAUGAAGUUCUUAUUACACAAACUGGUAGAAGCGUGGCUCUGGCCUGUUAUAUCUUCAGAAAACACUAUCAAUGUGGAUUAUUUUGGCCAGUAUAUCAAUGCUUUAAUACUGGCUGUCUACCUUUGCAUUUCCAUUUUUCACCCUCAUGUUGUUGUUUUUUACUUUUAUUAUUUUUACCUUUCUUAUUUAAAGGUUUUCUUUUUUUCAAGUUCAGUUUUAAUACUUUUAAGAUUGAUCCUAUAUUUCAAAGAAGCUUUGAUUUUUAUUUUUGAUAGUGUGUAGUGUGCUUCAAAUAGUGAGAAACAGAUGUUUCCAAGUGUUUUUCUUUGUUUGAAAUUGUGAUUUGUAUGUUUGUUUGCGUACUUCUCUCUCGUUCUGGUUUCAGUGUUGAUGUCAAACAGGCUUUAUUGUGUUUUCAAGACAUUUCAGUUCCGUCUGUGCCACGAAUGUUGGCACGUGACUCCUGAUCAUGGAUUAAUUAUGUCUGCUAGGUUCAGAUGCAUUGUGACAGACCUGUGCCCCAAGCAGUUGGGAACAAUGUUGUAGAAAUAUAUGUUCAAAACCUUGACAUACCUCAUCCUGCCAGAGCAAUGUAGAUUCAGUUCGUGUACAAGACUCACAGGCAAUAACCAACUACAGUAGGUCUCAUGGCUCUUCACAGCUGGUACUGUGUCCACAUCCUUUAACUCUUCCGUCCAGUGCUCGGAAAACAUGCCCAUGGUCUGAUGAUCUAUGCAAUUAAUUUAUUAUCCUUAUAAAUGCAAUACUACAGAUAUCAAAGAGACACCUCACAAUAUGACUUCACAUUCUGGCUCAUAUGGCUUUUAUGUUACUGCAUACAUUUGUCUGUUUUCUGACAGACGCGUUCAUCUUUGGUUCAUUGUUAGCAAUAUUGAUGCAUUAAAAAAGGGAACUAUGUCACACUAAAAUGUGGUUGUUAAUGACUGUAGCAAAUGUAGAAAAUCUAACAAAAAAAAAAAAAGACAGGUGUGCAUCAUGUGGAGGCGGGUUGCCCACUCGUCUACCCUACUUUUAUUUUCUGUGGCCACCAUAAGGUUGUGUUAGAUGUUAAUUCACCAUUCCAUCCAGUUGCAGUUUUUAUGUUGCAUAUAAUGUGUCUUGUCUAGUCCUGUUUGCUAACUUGCUGAUUAAUUGACGCUGUUUUCUUCUUUUAAACCAUGACACCGUUCAUUUCCAGGAGAUUAAACUUCACAGAAAUGCCUUAGAUUUCACUGGAAGGGAUAGUGAAGUGCUACUCAGAUUUGGUGGACUUGACCUCUGACUGGAAUUGUUGUUUUUUUUGUUCAUGCACUGCUAAUAUAGAAAGAUUGUUAUAGCAAACUACUCUGAACAUAGAUCUAUGAAGCAAAGGAAUAUUUACAACUUUGAAUUACUAUUUUGUGUUCCAUUAUUUUUAAAAAAAUCCAAAACAUUGAAGAAAACCUGAAUGGUCACUUAUUGAGUCUAAAGAUCUAUUGCUGCUAAUUUUGGAUUGCUAAGUAUUUAGAUAUAUUUAGCUGAAGGACAUUCAAUAUAUCAAGUCACAGACGGGGGUCAGUUUGUAACUCAUGUUCGACAAUACCCGUGUAGUCUUGUUUUGUGUGUCAAGCAACUUCUCAUGAAAUGUUUGUCUGUGCCAUGAUGCAGGUCUUUGUCUUCUUGAUAGAAAAAAACUCCUACAGCUAUUAAACUUUGUUUGAUUUUGAACUUGUCUUUUUUUUUUAAAUAAAUGUUUUUUUCACCGUG